CGAGGCGAGCAGGCCAGCCAAGCCGAGGAGGAGGAGAGCCAGCGCCAGCGCCAGCCGCCAGCCGCCAACCCAGCCAGCCAGCGUCCGGACGGCCGAGGCCCCCUGGAGGCGAUCAAGGACCAGCAAGAGUCAAGGAUGGCUCACCAAGGGGCUCACCAGGGCGCCCAGGCGGCACAGCAGCCCCUGAGGAGCCGCAAAUCGUCGGGAUCGGGUCCCAUGAGAGCCACACUGCCCAUGGCAUCGCUGCUGCGGAAGAACGACAACAACAGCCCGAGCCAGUCCCUGUCCCCCACAGCUGCUUGGAGGGCUUUGUCUGGACAGCGGUCUCCAGGGGCGUUAGCCACGCUCUCAUACAAAGCUAAAUCAAAAACAUUGAGUGGCCGUCCAAGUCAUGGCUUAGGUAGCAAUAAUAGUGUCAUUCGACGUACAGCUUCUUUGGAUACACUUUAUCUUCAGGGUCAGUGGCCAAGAGACUCUUUCAACCUCCAGGUUGACAAGGCAACCCAGACUGAAGACUGGCUCCUAGGGGAUAGCAGAAAGUACCGUCAUGAUCACCCCUGUAACGAAGACAAGCUUGAAAAAUAUAUCAGGCACAGGUUACAGCGAAGUAGCAAAGAAGCCACCAGCAGUCGGGAGAGGACUGCAGCAUUUGGACUUAUUAUGUCUCCAAACCUGCCAUCUCCAGCAUCUUCACACCAUAGUGACCAUAGCACUGUAACUUCUCCCAGUGCUGGAAGUCAAACAAGUACUGCCUCAGGAUCACCUCUUCACAAAGCAAUGCCAGUAAAUAUCCCCACAUGGAAGCAGGCUGCAGCAAACCGACCUCCCAUGCGCAGUUCUAUCGAAGGACUUAAUCAGGAGAUAGAACGACUUGUCUUGAAAGGCACCAAGAAUGGAUCACAUGACCAGGAGAGGGAAGAAGAAAAGACUUUCCAACUUUGCACACCUGAAGGUCAUAGAGCUCCACUAGCAGACAUGCUGCGUUCUACACGGUCUCGUUCUGUUAACACACAGACACCCGCUGGUGGAGACUUCACUACUCACAGCUCUCAGUCCUCAGGCCCUCCGUCUAGAGAAUCAGCAUCACCUCUGAUUGCUGGUGUAAUGGAACUCUCGAGGCCGCCAAGUGAAUCGCAGGUUGGCAGUGGAGAUUCUUCCCCAGACCGAGAUGCUGGGAAGCUGGGUACCUCUCCUCAUAUCAACAAGUUCCUAGCUAGAGAACCACCAGAUGGCUGUGAAAAAGUUAACUCUAAAUUUGUUGAAGACAAUAGGCGUCCAAUGAUUGAUUUUACUGUUUACGGAAAUCUGAAACCGUGUGUGUCAGUUCAAUUCAAACCCUCUUUGGGCUCCGCAUUCCUGCCACUACAAACACCAUCUGCAGCAGCCUCGGGCCAUGUGUCUCCAUCUGUGCCCGCAGUCAAUGGGACAUCUAGCCCGGAUCCUGAUGCAGAGGGGCCAAGUACCAAUGAGGAUUCUGCCGGGGUUUGAUGUGCUCCUACUACAUAUAAAUGUGAUAACUUCUUUAAUCUGUGGAUAGCUGAAGCUAAGUAACUUUCAAGUAGGUUGGUGCAGGAAUUCCUUUUCACCCAGACAAUAUGAUGGAAUUAUUUUGUUUAAGGAAAUAUCUUGUUUAUUUCAAUCACUACUUUGCAUGAUGAAAAAAUUAUACAUAUUUGUUUAUGUAUACACUGGUCUAUGGAGUACAUUGUCAUUGUACUUCUGUAUUUUAUUUGCUGGAAGUGUUUCAUUAGUUGCCCAUUCACAACUCUUGGUUUAGUUUCAGAUGAAUCUAUUUGUGUCAGGGUGGAAAGGCAUGCUGCUGAGGACCAAAUACUGCAGGCAGUUUUGCAUGUGGCAUUUUGCUUGUACAUUAUCAAACUCUGCUGUUGACAUCAUACCACUAAAGAACCAACUCUGUUGUUUUAGAGGUGGUGAUCUUUAAUCAUAUCACAUGUUGUGGUUCCAUGUUCUCAUAUGAAUUAUACUGUAAUUUAAUGAGCUAUGCCACCUGCAACUGCAUUAUAAGCCUCUGUAUCUUUACAGUUUCAUGCCACCUCAUAAGUACAAAAUCAUUUGAGUUAAUAGUUAUGUGGAAAUUAGAUAAUUGUUACCUACUAAUGGACUUUCUCUUCUCUUCAAGUAAUAGAAUUCUCAGGAUGGAAACUAAUUCUAUUUUUCAAUAUGAGAAUGUAUUUGAGAGUAAAUUAGAUAUUUUUUUGUGAACUGAAGGAGGUAUCAACUUCCAAAAUUUAAUUCAAAUAUUGUUGUCUAAUUUUGAAGGAUUUACCCAUAUAGGAUACUAACAUGAAGUAGGCUUGUUGUUUAACAUAUGUGUUUUCUCAUAAUUGCAUCUUGUUAGUGAAAGUAUUGAAGAACUGAUCAGAACUUUUUUGUUGUUAAUUGCAACACUCUUUAUACGGUACACCCUAGAAAAGGGUUCUUCAAACGGCUUCCAAAGAAUUAUUCUUUUUUUUUUUAUCCUAGUUGUAUGCUAAAUUAAUUAUGUUACUGUUACUUUUGAGAAUAACAUAUUGAAGACCUUAUGUUACAUUUCAAAUUACUUAAUUUUAACAGUAUUCUUUUCUCAGUGAAAAAUGAAUGGCUACCAAAUAAUAACCUCGAGUGGGAAGGUUUGUGAACCAAAUUUGUCUGUUUCAUUGUUUUUAUUUUGUCUUCUUUUACACUACUCUUGUAUCAACCCUCCUCCCUCUAGUGUUGUUUUCUUCUUCCUUUUUUCUUCUUUCUGAACUCAAGUACCCUUUGAGCUGAUUUUAUGUAGAAUAAGACUUCUGUGCAAUUAGAUUGUUUUGGUGAGAUAAAAAGUAGCAACUCCUUUUCAAGUUUCAAUGUUAAAUUGUGUAUGAAUGUGUGAAUCAAGUAAUGUAACUUUAAUAAUUUAAAUUAUUGGUAGUUUGGAUUGCUCAAAAGUUUCUGAAAAUAAUUGAAUUCUCAUCAAGUUCUCCCUUAGUUUCCCCACCCUUUUUCUGCUCAGCUUCAGUGUGUAUUUUUGAAAUUAUGGGUAUGUAUUUUGCAGUUUACUCUUUGUCAAUUUUAUAGUUAGCCACAUUGAAAUUGUACUUUUCCUGUGUAUCUUUCACCAUGUUAUUUGAAGGUAAAAUUGAUUUGGAAAAGGAGCUAUGACACCUCAUUAUUAGUGUUUAUCUAUUUCGUUAUUUUUGUAUUGUUUCUUUUUUCGUACUAGAUAGUUUAUUUUGUAGAAAAUACAAGGUCUGUUUCUCAGAACUGUUUGUACGUUAUUUUUAAUGAAGAAAAUUUAUUUUGAACUAAGACAUGGGUAUAGUCAAUGUGGCAGUGUGUAUGUCUUCAAGCUGAAGAUUGAGUGCGUUGAUGUGUACAUUUUCAUGUCUUUAAAUGUGCUUUUUGGCACACUUGUAAAUCGGUUCCAUAAGUACUUGUUUGUUUUGUGGAAAUUUUAUGCCAGUCAAUUCCUUGCUUCAAAAAUAGUUUUGGUUUCUUUUUAUUCGUAAGAAGAAAGCAAGACGGGAAAACAUGAUUUGGUCAGUUUUGUUAUUUUGCCACUCAAACAGUGGCAGCACCUUUAUUGUAACAACUGUGUAAUGUCUUUUACGUACUUUGUCAAUGUGUCCAAUAGGUUAAGAUAGAAAUGUUUGAAAGACCUUGUAACCUGGGGGCACUCUGACAUUUAUUUGUUUUGAUAAUGACAGGGUGUCCAUUUCCCCCGGUACAGAUGGUAAAUGUCUCUUUCCAUUUUGGAAUGUUUUAGCCAUAAUCAAAUCCUUUGAAUUUUUCGGUGAUUUGUCAAGUUGAAGUGACUGCACUCUAUUUACUUUUGUAACAAGCAAUGUUUUAAUGGGGUUUUCCUAGCCCAGCUGGGGCCAAAGAGGAAGUAUGUGGGAUGUACAUGUUCUUCUUGCAAGGAGAAUAAAUGCCAAAAUAAUACUACUGAAUA